AUGCCUGCUUACAUUGUUGUAGGCGAGUACGAAUCAGUCAAUACAACAAAUGAAUUGAUGUUGCGAGAUGUAGAGGUGCCAGACAGUUCGUUGCUUCUCUUCGAGCGCUUGAACUUGAGAAGAAUGCCGACGUUGAUGCAAUUCGCGAGGCAAAAUCAGGAUACUAAUACUUCAACAACGACCUCGUCAUCGGAGUCAUCAGAAUCAGGAAAUAGGAGAUGCACAUGUUCUCUGGGUGUGUGCAAGUGUUGUACAGGCUUGAUAAUGGACUUGUUCAGUCAGAAAGCCUGCAUGAAGGUCACGUAUCAUCCAGGCGAUUUUGCUUUCGACGUAGCCAUGUCCUGGAACGAUCGGGUUUUGUACGAGAACUCCAUGUCAGGAAAGAACCCGAGACCAGUGUGCAUCAAUCCACCCAGGCUGAACAACCUCAAAGUCUGCGCCAAGUUCUACAAUGUAUUCUUCCCGGGGAGGAACUUUCAUUUCUGCCUGGCUAUGACUGGCCAGUGGAGGUCAUAUGAGCUGUUUAAUAUGGCUUUUGAUUGCUUAAGAAUGGGAGCAGACGGUUUAGCCAUGAUGCGUCCUGAAGACAGCGGCGGCCUGGUCAUCCCCAACCCUCAAGGAGGAGUAGACGCAGUCAUAGAUUCUGGAGAUGACAUCGAAGAUUACGACGAAAACGUUGUCAAGUCGCUUCUGGACAUCUUUGAUCGAUAG